AUGACUCUCCUCUUGGAAUUUGACGAAUUCCGAGGCUUACCAUUUGAAAGAUUCAUGGAAGAGCUCGACAAGAUUCUGAUCAUCUCCAUUGACAAACUCCGCUAUUCGAUGGAUCUUCGUCGUCGUGUAAUGAUGUAUCCCAUCUUUGAAAAAGUGAUUCAAUAUCGAAAAGUGGAAUUGCUGACGCCAGAAGAGCAAAUGGAACAAGAUCCACAAAUCGAGCAGACAUUCUAG